CAUCACUACAUAUACUUGUCGAGGUGUACCAAGUUUUUCAUCUUCCUUGACAUCCAGAUGUAUUACACUGUAUAAAUACACAGAAAAUAAGGCGUAGUCAUGACCGGCAGACGACUUCACUUGCAUAACGAAACCAUCCGCCAGGGAAACGGACUAUUUUAUAUGUUUAUUAAUAAUCAGUGACAAUUUAAGUAAACGUAAGGAAUAUUCUAUUAUCUUAUAACUCUGGAAAAAAUAUUUUUAAUGAAGCUGAAAAUCCUGGGAUUGAGUUGUUCUAACACGAGGAAAACAUUAACACGUGGAGUACAUGGUUGUCCUUGACGCUUUGAGAAUUUAUUUCAUGAAUUUAUCAUGACGUCCCAAGAAGAACAUGACCAGCCGCCUCUUUCAAGUGUCAGUGUGAGCAAUGGUUCGGCAUUAAGCAAUGGUGUUAAUGGCAAUGUCAAUCAAGCGUUCGAAACUAAAGACGAACCAAACUUCCUGACCUGGGAUUGCAGAUAUUCCGGAACGAACAGAUCUUCGUAUAAAUGCCAUAUAAAACAUACUUGUGAGAUUCUAGGGACGGACAAUUGCAAAAGGUGUCUUUUGGAAUCAAAUUUACAAGGAUUAUAUGACCGCAACUACAACUCCAUAGUAGGGAAAGGUCGAGGAGAUGACGCAUGCGUAUUAUCAUUGAGAUCCCAUCUGUUAACGGAACUCACCGGUAGCGGAAAAGGAAGUGGACACCGUAAAAAGUCAUCGUCUGCUCCAUCAUCAAUUCGAUUACCAAAACAAAAGCAAAAGUCAAAAAUUAGCAAAUGUCAAGGUUCGUCUGAUACAUGGAAAAUUAAUCUGGAUCAGUUUAAAAGCGGAAGAAAAAUACUCGAGAGCGAAAAAGAUUUACCCAAGUCGUUAAGGUCAUUCUACAAACAACAGGCUGCGUUGAUUGACAGCUACGAAAGCCUCAGUAGGGAUAGCCAAUCAUGUGAUGGCAGAAAUGCAGCGGAUCUUCUGAAAAAGGCAACAUUUUACUCCAAACUCACAUUCUUUGUAAAUCUGUUUCUCUUGAUUGCCAAGAGUAUAGCAGCAGGUAUAUCCGGUUCAAUGGCGAUCAUCACAAGUCUGGUGGACAGUGUCGUUGACUUAGCGUCAGGAAUCGUCUUGUGGGUCACAGCCCGGACGAUAAGGAAGGGCAAUCUUUAUUCCUACCCUCAAGGUAGGAGCCGACUGGAGCCAUUAGCUAUCAUAGUACUGUCGGUUAUCAUGGGAGUAGCCUCCCUUCAGCUGAUAAAAGAGUCGGUCACCAAAAUAAUCGGUCUCUCCGACAGAUCAAUGAAACCUCCAGUGGUUGAUGCAAUAACCAUUGUCAUCUCUAUAACAACUGUAGGUAAGUAUGGUGUCAUCUCUAUAACAACUGUAGGUAAGUAUAGUGUCAUCUCUAUAACAAGUGUAGGUAAGUAUGGUGUCAUCUCUAUGACAGCUGUAGGUAAGUAUGGUGUCAUCUCUAUGACAGCUGUAGGUAAGUAUGGUGUCAUCUCUAUAACAACUGUAGGUAAGCAUGGUGUCAUCUCUAUAACAACUGUAGGUAAGUAUGGUGUCAUCUCUAUAACAACUGUAGGUAAGUAUGGUGUCAUCUCUAUAACAACUGUAGGUAAGCAUGGUGUCAUCUCUAUAACAACUGUUGGUAAGCAUGGUGUCAUCUCUAUAACAACUGUUGGUAAGCAUGGUGUCAUCUCUAUAACAACUGUUGGUAAGUAUGGUGUCAUCUCUAUAACAACUGUAGUGGUGAAGUUCGUGUUAUUUCUGGUGUGUAGGAGAAUAAAGAGUCCAACAAUUCAGGCCCUCGCUCAGGAUCAUAGGAAUGACGUCAUCUCCAACACCUUGGCUAUCCUCUGCGGCUACAUAGGUUCGGAGGAAAUUCGACAACAAACCAAGAAUAUAAAUCUGGCUUACGUAGACCCUGUUGGUGCAAUUUUGAUUUCAUUGUAUAUUGCUGUUACAUGGUACAUUCUUGGUCGGAUUCAGGUAAGGAUUAUAACCGGACUGACAGCCAAGCCAGAGUUUCUUAGUAAGAUCAUAUGGAUUUGCCUGAAUCAUCACAGAGACAUCCGGUACGUCACAUCCGUUAAAGCAGUACACAGUGGAUACACGUUUGUUGUCGAAGUUGGAAUUUUGCUUCCAGAGGAUAUGUCUCUAAAAGCUGCACACACGAUAGGAGAAUCCCUGGAAAAAGUUCUAGAGAAUACACAACAUGUGGAUAGAGUAUUCGUCCACAUGAACUGUACAGAAAAUGAUAAUCCCACCUUCUAUUGACUCAACCUAUCUAUGACGUCACAAGAUAGGAAUAUGGUAUUAAUUCAUGUGAACUUACAGAAAAUCAUAAUUCUUCAGCUAUUGCUUCCAUAUUUUUGUGACGUCAUACGUUGUUAAUUAUUACUUUUGUUACAUUGAUUAACCAUCACAUACAAGUGUUCCCUAGUUAACUCAGCUGCGACACUUUGUCUUUAUUACAAUCUAUCAUAUAUUAUACUCAGUUUUACUCCCAGAUAGUUUCAAAUCGGAAAUCUUUUUCAUUCCUGGCAUAGAAAUCUUAGAGCAGUGUACAAUAGUCUUCUUACUUGUUCUCUCAAAACGAGAAAGGGAAGUAUUAACAGGUCCAUCAUAAACAUAAUUUGUGUAUGGUCGUGAUUUUUUUACUUAACUAUUUGCAAUGGAUUAUCAAACAUUACCUGUCAAGAAAUAAGUUAAAAAAUUACGUUAGUUAAUAAACAAAUGCUUCAAAACGCGACCCUUAAUUACAUAGAACAUGACUAAAGAUAAGUAAUAUCAUGGCGUUUAUUGUUAUGUUCGAUUGUUGAUGCUGAAUUUGUUCUGUGCCUCCUAUCCGAAGUCUAAGUGUAGUCUGGUUUAGAGACUAGUCCUGGAUUAGUCGGUAUUUGGAUUAAAUAAUCAGAGGCCUUUGGAGAAGAUGUAAUGUCAAUCCUCUCUUAAAACAAGCUACGGAUAUUGACAGUGAAACAAAUACAGUAAUCAGUUUCACAAUCUGGCGGCAUACAUAAAAACAAUGAAAAACGGUGCUGUCUCUUUAGUUUGAGUAGCAAUAUAUUGCUGCAUAAUGCAAUUACUAUGCAUUCGACCAAAUAGUGCUUUGUCUAUUUUGUAUCUGUAUAUCUUAAUUCUACAAAAUGAUACAGGAUAUAUGUAAUCUUCAUUUGCUGUCAAAUAUUAAACAAUACAAUCGAAAAUAUAUGUUGACA